AUGGAUGUUGCAGAUGGGACCACUCCCAAUAGGACGAGGUAUAGGGCCAUCAAAGCCCACCGCAAGUCUCGCGCCGGCUGCUUUACAUGCAAGGGAAGAAGGAUCAAAUGCUGCGAGACUAGGCCAAGAUGCGUGAAUUGCAGUCGCGGAAAUCUGCAUUGCGUAUAUCCAGAGACACGGCCAACAACGAUAUCGGUACAGCCAGGUGGCGUCCAGUAUCAGUCGCGGGGCUUCAGCUUGAAGGACAUGCGUUUCUUCCACGACUUCAUGACGGCCAGCUACCCACAUCUGCCCCUGGAAUGCGAUCAUGCGUGGACGAAUGAUAUUCCUCUUCUUGCACAGCAAGUCAGACACUCAUCUUCUCAAGCACGGCUGAGCCGCGAACUGACUGUCUCUCUUGGUGCAGCUCAUCUUCAUAGAAACACGGACCUUGAACUAAAAGGGACCGUGGAACAACAUAGAGCGAUGGCGUUAUGCGGCCUUGUCGAGCCGCAGUCUGACCUCUGCACACACGGCACAGGCAGAGAAGGUCGCCUCAACGCCCAACUAGCCACCGCAUACGCUUUGAACUUUACGGCCUCGUACAUGGGUGACACUAUGAGUUCUUUUCUCACAUUUGUGAGAGGAUGUGCUUCACUAAGUAGAGAGAUUAUCUUUUCCGGGUAUUCGUCGCCAUUCUUCCCCCAAGACGGACACACCAUGUUGCCAGAACACCAUACCCAAAUCAUGACCCGGCGUCUCCAAGGUGCUCGGCUAGCUCCUUUCCCUGACAACGACGAAAUUCAGAAAGCGAAGCGGUCUCUUUCCUAUGCAGCUCGUGUAUGCACUUUCACCCCUGUCGAGGUGGAGAUGCUGGUUGAGUUGCAGAAUGUUCUUGACAAAAACACCGAGCCGAUCAAAGCCACGUAA